AUGAACGGAAGGCUACCAUCACCCCCGCCACCUCCUCCAGAUGCAUCAGUUCCACCUCCUCCUACCGAUAUAACACCACCACCUCCUCCAGAUGGACACGCUCCUCCGCCCCCCAGCGAUCUGCCUCCACCGCCUCCCUCAGACACAGUGCCACCGCCUCCUGAAGAACCUAUAAAGAAGAAUAAAGUUGGUUGGGGCGCGCCACGAGAUCGCGGACCGCUCAGCAUUGAAGAUAUUCUGAAGAAGAAAAAAGAGGCUGAUGAAGCCGCAGCCAAGCCUAAAUUCCUAUCCAAAGCGGCGCGCGAGAAGUUAGCUCUUGAGAAGAGGGCAAAGGAAGUCGAGGAACAAAAACGUAAAGUUGAGGCUGAAAGAAACGGCCGAAGCUUCGAAAAUGGCGAUAGGCCUAGACAGCAAGAGACCACUGGCCGGGGACAGUCUUCGGUUCCCACUGGCCCUCGAGCGAUGCGUCAUGGCGAUCCACCAUCUGGCCCUGGGGGCGGACGGAACGCCAAUUCAAAUCGGAAUGGAGGUGAAAUGCCACCGCCAGGUAGACCCGUUGUGGCCAGUAACAAGGCUUCUUUAGCUGGAGAGAAACGCCCAGCGAACGGCGAUACUACAGAAGCUUCUCUUACUCGGACGCGUUAUAUGGGUGCAGAAACCAACCAGUCGACAUUCUCAGCAAAGAAGAAGCGACGACGAACCACAGAGAAGAAGUUUAACUUUGAGUGGAACGUAGAGGAGGACACAAGUCCGGACUAUAACCCACUAUAUUCAACCCGCGCCGAGGCUAAUUUCUUCGGAAGGGGACGACUAGGUGGCUUUGCAGAAGAUGCGAGUGAAAGCGGUGCACUGAAGUACGCCAAGGCCCUUGAGGCACGGGAUACAGAAGCCGGUAGAGCCCGCGCUCAAGAAAUAUUAGAAAUGGAAAGAAGGAGAAAGGAGGAGGCAUCUGGAAGAAAUGCGCUUGACAAGCACUGGAGCGAGAAGAAAUUGGAGCAUAUGCGAGAAAGAGAUUGGCGUAUCUUCAAAGAAGAUUUCAACAUCGCCACCAAAGGAGGAGGAAUACCGAAUCCAAUGAGAACCUGGGAGGAAUCGAAUCUUCCCAAACGGCUAUUAGAUGUCGUUGCUCAGGUUGGCUAUGACGAGCCGUCAGCUGUCCAGAGAGCUGCAAUCCCCAUUGCUUUACAGGCUAGGGAUCUUAUUGGUGUUGCCGUAACCGGUUCGGGAAAGACAGCUGCCUUCUUGCUCCCGUUACUGGUAUAUAUCUCCGAAUUACCACCUUUGAACGAGUUUACAAAGAACGACGGACCUUAUGCCAUCAUCCUUGCGCCAACCCGUGAAUUGGCUCAGCAGAUUGAGGUGGAAGCACGGAAGUUCGCAACGCCGCUCGGGUUUACUUGCGUGAGUAUUGUCGGUGGUCACUCUCUCGAAGAGCAAUCCUACAAUUUGCGUAAUGGUGCCGAGAUUAUUAUCGCAACUCCAGGUCGACUAGUCGAUUGUAUUGAAAGGCGAGUCUUGGUUCUAGGCCAAUGCUGCUACAUAAUCAUGGACGAGGCUGAUCGCAUGAUCGAUCUCGGGUUCGAGGAAUCUGUCAAUAAGAUCCUUGACGCACUGCCGGUCACAAACGAGAAACCGGAUACCGAUGAUGCAGAGGAUGCUCAAGCCAUGAGCAGACAUCUGGGCGGCAAAGAUAGAUACCGACAGACUAUGAUGUACACAGCCACUAUGCCAAGUGCGGUUGAGAAGAUUGCGAAGAAGUAUCUUAGGCGACCGGCGAUUGUCACAAUUGGUAAUGUUGGAGAAGCUGUCGAGUCGGUCGAGCAGCGCGUCGAGUUCGUGUCGGGCGAAGACAAGCGGAAGAAGCGUCUCAACGAGAUCCUGGCCUCGGGCGAAUUCCAGCCUCCUAUCAUUGUUUUCGUCAACAUCAAGCGAAACUGUGAUGCUGUGGCUCGAGAUAUCAAGCAUAUGGGUUUCUCAUCUGUCACUUUGCACGGUAGCAAGACGCAGGAGCAGCGUGAAGCCGCAUUAGCAUCAGUCCGAUCUGGCGCAACCAACGUCCUAGUUGCCACAGAUCUCGCAGGAAGAGGUAUUGAUGUACCGGACGUGAGUCUCGUCGCCAAUUUCAACAUGGCCACCAACAUCGAAAGUUACACCCAUCGUAUCGGUCGUACAGGUCGUGCAGGCAAGAGCGGUGUCGCGAUCACCUUCCUAGGCAACGAGGACGCAGACGUCAUGUACGAUCUCAAGCAAAUGCUAACCAAGAGCUCGAUAUCCAAAGUGCCCGAAGAACUAAGGAAACACGAAGCUGCGCAGCAGAAACCUACGAGAGGUGGCGGAGGGAAGAAAAUGGAAGAGAGCACGGGAUUUGGAGGGAAGGGUGGAGGUUGGUGA